AGCGAUACCAUUCAGGUUCUCCUAAUAGUCCUGAAUAAAGUGUAGUAUCGAAAAACGGACUCAGAAUGAAGGCGUUCGCCUUUUUAAUGGCCACUUUUUUGGUCGGAUUAUCCACUGGCCUUGAAUGGUGGGAACAUGGAAACUUCUACCAGAUUUAUCCCCGUUCGUUCAAAGAUUCUGAUGGUGAUGGCAUUGGAGAUCUCGACGGUAUUACCCAGAAUCUGAAAUAUCUCAAGGAGUUGGGAAUGGAUGGAGUGUGGCUUUCGCCAAUCUUUGCCUCACCAAUGGACGACUUUGGCUACGAUAUCUCCAACUUCAGCGCUAUUCAACCGGAGUACGGUGAUAUGAGUGCUUUCGAGAGAUUGUCCGCCAAGUGCAAGGAGCUUGGUCUCCGUUUAAUUCUCGAUUUUGUCCCGAACCAUACCAGUGACAAGCACAAAUGGUUCAAUCGUUCCGUGCAUAGCGAAGAGGGAUACAAGGACUACUACAUCUGGCAUCCUGGUGUAACACUUGAAAAUGGCACCAAGGUACCUCCUUCAAAUUGGAUCAGUGUUUUCCGAGGAUCCUCGUGGGAGUGGAAUGAUAUCCGCAAAGAGUACUUCCUUCAUCAGUUCCUUAAGCAGCAACCAGAUUUGAACUAUCGCAACCCUGCUGUAGUUGAGGAAAUGAAAAAUGUGCUACGGUUCUGGUUGAAUAAAGGAGUGUCUGGCUUUAGGAUUGAUGCCGUUCCCUAUCUGGUCGAAAGUGCCGAAUUCGAGGGCCGCUACCGUGACGAACCUUUGAGUAGAGCAACUGAUGACCCGGAGAACCCCGCUUACCUAACCCACACGCAGACUAUGGACCAGCCGGAAACUUACGACCUGGUCUACGGGUGGCGUGCAGUGCUGGAUGAAUACACUAAGCAGGAUGGACAGACUCGUUUGAUGAUGACCGAAGGCUACACGAGCUUACCCAAAGUGGUUGAAUUCUUCGGAAACAGUACUGUCAACGGGUCUCAAAUUCCGUUCAACUUCCAACUGAUAAGUAACAUAAACAAGAACAGUACUGCAGCCGAUUUUGCACACUAUGUUAAGUUGUGGCUAGAUGCAAAACCCACUAACAGACGUUCGAACUGGGUGCUAGGUAAUCACGACAACAACCGUCUCGGAACGCGUCUCGGAGAAAAGAAGAUUGAUUUGUACAAUAUCGCCUUGCAAACAUUGCCGGAUAUCGCCAUCACGUACUAUGGCGAGGAAAUCGGAAUGGUUGAUCAGUAUAUUCCUUUCAACGAAACCGUUGAUCCGGCUGGCUUGAGGGCGGGCGAGAAAGACUUUGCGUUGUAUUCUCGUGAUCCUGCUCGCACACCGAUGCAAUGGGACAACGGCAAGAAUGCUGGAUUUUCCAAAGGCAAUAAAACUUGGCUCCCGGUGGCCAGUAAUUACAAAAAGCUGAACGUAAAGGCACAAGAGAAUGCAAGGAAGAGCCACCUCAAGACGUUCAAGAAGCUUACCAAAUACCGCAAGCGUCGAAUUCUGACCGAAGGAGACUUUGACAUGCAAUUGAUUAAUGAUAAUCUUCUCGCGUACAAGCGACAAUCGCAGAAAUCCGGGUAUGUUAUCGUGGUGCUAAACUUUGCUACCGUACCGCAGGAAAUCAAUCUGCCCAGCAAGUUUGCUAACAUUAACCGGAAAAUGCAAGUUGUCGCUUCAUCCGCGCAAGUCACCACUAGGGAUAGUGGUUGGAUCGAUACGACUAAUUAUAAGCUGGCUGGAGAAGCCGGCAUUGUAUUACAAUACCUUCGUGGGCCCAACCCAAUUGUCUCGUGAGAGAUUCUCCGAGAUUAAAAAUCAUUCCGGUUAACUUGAAUUUGAAAUGUUAAAAUAAAUAAUAAGCAUUGAAAA